AUGUCCGACACCUUUAAAGCGCCACCUCCCCGACGGUCGUUCACCCUUCCCACCAACCUGAACCAAUCCACCCAACGCAGAUCCGACUCGUUCAAACCAUCCGAGAAUGAUAUCUUUUAUCACCCAUCGGCAAAAGUCGUUCACUUUUCCCCUAGAUCUAUAGUGCCGAUUCCCUCUAGUACUGCGCCUUCUGACUUUGACUACCCCGUCGAUACCAUCGAGACCCUGCCGUGGCGAUCCCCGACAGAGCGAACGGUCGCGUUUGCGCCACUGAGGUUGGAGAAGGUAUAUGGAUCGACUGUGUUCCUGAAAUGUGGCAGCGUGGUCCACGCGAUCCUAAAGAACUCUCAGUGUUGGUGCGUGGACAGAGAAUCCACGUUUGUCUUGCGCAUCCGCCCCCUCACAUACUACCGGAUCGAGUUGCCGAACGAAACCGAGGAUGACAAAGAGCUUGUUAUUCAGAUGAAGCAGGCUUUACCAAAAAUUCUUCGCUACGAAGUCACACCAUGCCCCUUCAAACGUGGGUUCACGGUUGAAAUUCCCGAGGAGGCGAAAGUUCCCCGACGCAAGAAAGCAUGGCGCCCCAAAGGACGAAGAGAAAGUGCUCCUAUACAGCCGACGUACUGCCGGGAGCCCCUUGAUUCAAAAGGAAUCGCCACGCCAGAUUCAUUUAGUGCAGGCGAGGAUACAGACGAGACCGCCACCGACGGCAGCGGUUUCACCCCGAGAGGUAGUAGUACGAAACUGGAGACAAUCCCGGAUGAUCACGAGCAAUUACCAGAGCCCAUCAGUAUACCCGCAUCGACUAUGCCAAGGCGAUCAGUGAGUGAGGUGCAGCAAAGCUUCCAGACCUUGCUGGGAAAGUUUGAAGACACGCCUGAGCCUCAGGAUGGACCGGAAUUGCCACUUUCGUCAAGUGUUGACUCGUUUCACUCAAUGGAUCUUGCGCCAGAACCCUAUUUGACACCACUGUCUCCUACAUCACCGGACGACAGACAGUUGGCGCAAGAAAAACUCCAAGAAGUGCAGGAACCGUCGAAUAGAGAGGAGCUCGAAAGUCAAGAUACCCUGAAACCGCCGUUCAAUAGAGAGGAAAGCACAGACCAGAUGUUCACUCCUGUACAAAGCUUAAGCCCAGAACAGAACUUUAUAUUACCCCGGACACCGGGAUCAUUCUCCAGCAAUAGCAGCGCAAAGUCUAAUGAUUCCAACCCGAACCUUACUACCAUGAGCAUUGAAUUCCGCCGCCGCUCAAAAGCGUCGCGCGAGCGGGAAAUAUCACCAAUGCCCCCGACAUCUACACUAAUCCUCGCCAAUCCAGAGAAACACGAUGCUGCCUCCUUAAUUCAGAAGACAGCCACACUGGUUUUAGUACCACCUAUUCAACUACUCAUCGUCUUGAUCCAUAUUGCCGCACGAAUUGUUAUAGGCCCGGGGAUUGACUCCCCUGUCGGAAACUUUCAUCGAAAACUCGAACGUCAGGCCUCUUAUUCAAAUGAGGCCGUGGAUGAUUACGAUCUUCCACUUGCACCGGAGUUCUCAAGAAAGCCGUCGGUUUCAGAUCAGAGUCACAUCGGUUCGGAUUCGGGCUAG